AUGCGCACACAGAGCGGCGCCUUGCGCGGCGCCCUCAUCGGCUUCACCCUGCGCGGCGGCCUGCACCUGGCAGGCCACGUGCUCGGAGCGCUCGGCGGCUCAAGCAGCGGCAAGCGGCAGAAGCGCGCGGUCAGCGGCGGCGCUGCCAUCAAAGACACGCUGCGGUACACGGCCUUUCUGGGGGCGCUGGCUGCGACCUAUAUCGGCGUGGAGGAGGGCAUAUCCCGCGCCUUCGGAAAGGAAAA